CAGCCAGCGGGUGGAAAAAAGCUCCCCCUAUUACUCGAUCCUGUGCGUCUUGCUAUACAGAUAGCCCCAUGGUGCGCUCAUCCGUUUAUUUUUACAUGUUCGAUAUCCGAGGACAACCUCUUUUAUCAUAUCCCCAUGGAGUGUGUCGUUUGCAGUUUUACUACUGGUAGUAGUAUUUUCUCACUACAAGGACGAUAUUUCUCUGUUUAUUUCUAAAUGUGACAAAGAUAAAAUGUGGAAGAUAUCCUCUACUCCAGUUACAGACGGCUUGCGGUACUAGUCGGAUGGGAGGGUAGCCUAAUCACGGAUAACCUGCCUCUUCAAUUCUCUUCGAGGGAGAGGAGUUUGGUUUGAAAGAUAAGAGUGAUACAAAAAGUUGAAGCCAUGGGGAAACCGGUUUGAAGUUCAUCUCACAUUCAAAGUUGUUGGGCCCAAUCCUAAUUGAGGGGUCAGUGGAUUUGACCUGACCUAGCAUAACACCUGAACUGUGACCAUCAUGGCGGAGAGAGCUAGCUUUGGGAUCCCCAAAAGCAACUCACGUCCUGUAGGCUCACUCCCACCAGAGCCGAUCGACAUCAUCCGUACUAAGGCUCGAUCCAGAAGAGUCCGCAUCAAUGUUGGGGGGCUGGUCCACGAGGUCCUAUGGAGGACCCUGGACCGUCUCCCCAGGACCAGGCUGGGUAAACUCAGAGACUGCAAUACCCAUGAAACCUUAAUGGAGAUCUGUGACGAUUACAGCUUGACUGAUAAUGAAUACUUCUUCGAUAGGCACCCAGGGGCAUUCUCCUCCAUUCUGAACUUUUACAGAACAGGGAAGCUGCACAUGAUGGAGGAGAUGUGCGCCCUGUCCUUCGGCCAGGAGCUCGACUACUGGGGUAUAGAUGAGAUCUACCUGGAAUCCUGCUGCCAGGCCAGGUACCACCAGAAGAAGGAGCAGAUGAAUGAGGAGUUGAGGAGGGAGGCCGAAUCGCUCAGAGAAAAGGACGGGGAGGAGCCGGAAGAAGGCUGCUGUCCAGACAAGAGACAGAAGCUGUGGGACCUCCUCGAGAAGCCUAGCUCUUCUCUUGCUGCUAAGUUCCUGGCCUUUGUCUCCGUCUUCUUCAUCGUUCUAUCAACAAUCUCAUUAUCACUCAAUACCUUGCCAGAGCUACAAGUCGUUGAUGAGUUUGGACAGGUCAAUGACAAUCCCAGCCUAGCGCAUGUUGAAGCUGUGUGCAUCGCCUGGUUCACGAUGGAGUACCUCCUCCGCUUCCUCUCUUCUCCUGACAAGUGGCAGUUCAGCAAAGGCCCAUUGAACGUCAUUGAUUUACUCGCUAUCCUGCCCUACUAUGUAACUCUCUUCCUGACUGAAUCCAACAAGAGUGUUCUGCAGUUCCAGAAUGUCAGACGAGUGGUCCAGAUAUUCCGUAUCAUGAGAAUCCUAAGAAUUUUAAAACUGGCCAGACAUUCCACUGGACUGCAGUCCCUUGGGUUCACCCUUCGGCGCAGUUACAAUGAACUGGGUCUGUUGAUAUUGUUCUUGGCUAUGGGCAUCAUGAUCUUCUCCAGCCUGGUAUUCUUUGCUGAAAAAGACGAAGAUGCCACCAAAUUCACUAGUAUUCCUGCUUCAUUCUGGUGGGCUACCAUUACCAUGACAACUGUAGGUUAUGGGGACAUUUAUCCACAAACUCUUCUUGGUAAAAUAGUCGGUGGGCUCUGCUGUAUUGCAGGUGUGUUGGUCAUUGCAUUGCCCAUCCCCAUAAUUGUGAACAACUUCUCAGAGUUCUACAGGGAGCAGAAGAGACAGGAGAAAGCCAUCAAGAGGAGAGAGGCCUUGGAGCGGGCCAAGAGGAAUGGCAGUAUUGUGUCUAUGAAUCUGAAGGAUGCGUUCGCUCGCAGUAUGGAGCUGACGGAUGUUAUGGUGGAGAAAGGUGACGAGAAACGGCCAAUGGAUAACCAUCUCUCACCUAGUAGGUGGAGCAGUAGGCAAGGCAUCUCUGAGGUUAGUCCAAAAUCCCAGGCGAGGUAUAAAGAGGUUGCUCAACUGGGAUCUCCAGAUAGGGUCAAUCCUCUAAGAACCAGCCCACAGCACCUGAAUGCCAAGAUAUUGGAGGAGAUGUACAACAAGAUGACGACCACUGCCAACGUUGGCUCGGGAGCUCCACAUGAACAAGGACAGAAGCUUAAGGAGGAAAUGGAAAUGAGGGUGGUGUCUUCUGGACUAAAGCCCCCCCUAAUUAGGGAACGAGCCAGUGGUGACCUCAGGAGCCCAUCCAGCGUGGACAGCUUCGCCAGCUGCACUACAGAGUUCAGUGUGGCAGAAAGCAGUGCCCUCCUCCCUAACGUAGCAGGACGGAAGGCACCUCCUCCCCUCGACCUCAGCCAGAUCAGCUCUAUGGAACCAAAAACCAAAGAGAAAGUUCCGCCGGCUACCAUCAUCAAAGAGGGUCUUUAUGAGUUUGUCUCAAGCAAUCCAGAGAGGGCGUCACAGGGGGAGGAUAAUCAAAGCUUUGACAUGAGCGUCGAAAACAUCCGCAGUUCUCUCAGAGGCAACCCACAGAAGACGAAAGCUCUAAAAGUGAAUUUCAUUGAAUCUCAGGCCGAGAUGCCGUCAACGCCUCCCUGUGCUACUCUGUCUCCACAAGGAUACCAGCCCUCCCCACCCCCAGGCCAGGUCCCGGUGACCAGCCCACGGGCUCCAGGAGAGUCAGGCCAAAGCGAGGAUGCAGCCAAGGGCUUGGUUAGCGAAGGUCAGCCUUCCAGCUUAAGCCACAGGGGAAAUCACAUGGACAGGGCCGCUGUCUUCAGCCCUUUGUCACCUAAAUCAACCAACUGCACAACUCAGGAAGUGGUUGUUGCUGGCAACGGUGAAGGAGAGGCAGGCAACAGCCAAAAGGAAAACCACAUAGUUCUGGAUGGAAGUCUAUCUCCAUCUUGUGAAACAAGCAUGUGACUAGUAUAGGUGGAAGGUCAAGGAAAGAUUGAACAGACUCUCUGUUGUCUGUGAAGAACAAAAAGAUGAAGCACACUAAUGUAUUCAAAAAUAAGUUGUCUGCAUGGCUUGACAAUAAUUUUUUCUGAUAACAUCACUGUUUCUGAAGACCUAUGAGAACUGCUGCUUGCUGCAGACAUUGAACUUUUAACAGUGACUUUUACUAUAAGGCUCCAAUGUGAGCAAAAAAAAACAACCUAGUAUGAAUGAGGACAUUUAUGAACAAAUUGUACUUUAUGGUCCUGGACUUUUUACGCAGCUAGCUGUACAUUGCAAGUUUCUUUUUUUAGCUUGCUGAAUAUUUUUUUCUGAAGUGUGGUGGGACAAGGACAUCGACUGAAGAGGGGAAUGUGGAAAGACUUUGGGAUUUUUAUAUAAGGCCUCAUCAUUGGUCGAGCAGUAUCAAUGUCAUGUCAUAUUCUGUACUUGAUAUGGCUUGCAUUAAUUAGCAACGUUUCAAUUCCAUCUCAUGUUAUUGUAUCUGUUUAGAUUUUGCACCGUUCUCAAUCAAGUCAACCGAGAGACAUACUGUAUAUGGAACAAGCAAGGGCCUCCUAGUUCAGGGAAAUGAGAAAUGAAUCUAAGCAAAAAGAAAACGAAAGUGAAGCAUAUUAUAUAGCAAUUCGUAAACAUCUGCCUAUAUGGAAAUAGACCAAUAAGAAAAAACAGUUUUAAUAAUAGCCUAUACAUGACUAUCUAUGAUUGCUUUUAAAUACUUUAUAUUCUACUAUGUUAUAUUCUGUUCAUGUGAAUGAGCUUAUGUCCCUCAUUUCUAUGUUUAGCAUUGCUGUGGUGCAACCCUGCAUUGAUGGAAUGGGAAAUGGACAAGCCAUAUAAGGACUGGUAUUUACACUAUGACAAAAUUGAUUAGAUAAUGGCAUUAUACUUUAAAACAAAUAUUAUCAUACAGCAGCACUUCAUUCACUUAGAUACGGAUCAUAUCAACUGAAUGGUUAUUCAGGUUCUUCACUAAAAUGGACAUGUAUUAUUGCUAACUUCCAGAUCCAUCAUGAUCCAAGGAAAUCUGUGUUGUUACACUCCUCACUGUAUUUAUGUUGUUGUAAUGCUGCCUUUUGCUUAGAGAAGUGCAGAAAAAAUGUAUUGGAUAUGUACAUGUGCGUAUGCUAGUUGGAACAAAUAAUGUGUAUGUUUGAUGUGUCAAGUUUAAUUUACAUUGUAUGGGGAUGAUUGUGGUCACAGUAGGUCUAAUACUGCAUGGUUUCCCAAAAUCAGAUCAAGGGCCGCCCCUGGGUGCACAUUUUAGUUUUCGCCCUAGCAUUACACAGCUGAUUCAAGUAAUCAAAGCUCGAUGACAAGUUGAUUAUUUGAAUCAGCUGUGUAGUGCUAGGGCUAAAACC